AAGAGUAAAUGUUGGAAUACGAGCACCGAGAGUUCUAUUUGUAAUGAUCCUGUCAAUUGCCCAUCAUUGGGUGGCAGCACUGUCUACACUGCUUACCAGCUAUAUGAUACUGCAGCAUAAGAGAUGUCAGUUGAGUGUGGCAAGUGCCACAACGGUUAAAACAUCGAUAGCAUCGAUACCAAUGCCGUCUGCGAGUAGUGCAACAAGCGGCAACAACAGCAGCGAUCUUAAAUUGAAGGAACAUUCCUCCUAUGCCUCCUAUGCCGCCUAUACUCUGGCCAAUGAUCAGCAGCUCAAGACGAACAACUUGUGCAAAAUGUUCUGCAACAAUCGAAAGAGACAGAAGAGACGACGUAGGCGUCGACGUCGACGCCGACGCAGGCACAACAACAACAAUGGCAGCAGACAGACAUGCAAUAGAAAAAGGCAACAGAAUCAGCUAAAGCAAUAUUCCACAAACAUUAACCGAUUCCAGUCACAGUCCAGUCAGAGAAAUGACAGUCUUUCUCGACACUGCUCCAAAAGCAAACGGAAUCGGGCGAAUCUCGUCUGGCUGCUUAUUGGACUCUUCUGGCUGGAGGUGAAGCUAAUUAAUUGCAAUGCCAUCGGUGGCAGCAGCGGAUAUGCCUCAAAUCUAGUCACUCAAAGAGGAUGCACCCUGUGCCAACUCGAGAUGGAGACCAUUUACGGCGAUAAAGAUAACCCUCACAUAGACUACAACAAUAACAAGUACAAUAACAACAAUAACAACAACAACAACAACAAUAACAACAAUAAUAAUAACAAUAAUAAUAAUAAUUAUUUCUACAAAAUAAAACCAAAUCGAAACCAUAAUAAUCAUAAUAAUAACAAUAUUGUGCUCAGCGAUCGUGUGCGCUUGGAGUCGAUUAAACGACAGAUCUUGACGAAACUGGGACUCACCCAUAAGCCGAAUGUAUCGCAUCCUCUGCCGAAACAGUUCAUCUGGGAGACGAUAUAUCGAGCUGAUGGGGGACAAAUGGUUGGACACGAUGCUCCAUUUGAGAUCGAACCGAUCAGCGUCGGUUUAAUCAGCGAACGGCGAUCAAGGCUACGAUCUUUGGCCGAGAUCAAUGAUAUCAAUCAUACUCGAAGUCAGCAUUUUGUCUAUACAAUAAGAAAUAAUGACAACAGAAGUACUUCCAAUGAUAAUCGCAACGCCAGAAAGAAUCGAUAUCAUUCAGAGACAGGACAUAGGAAUAAUAUUAAAACGGGCAAUUGGCCGAAACAAAAUCUACUUCAAACAAGAACAGCAACAGGAACCGGAAGCGGAAGCGGAUCCGAAAGCGGAACUGGAAUUGGAACAACCCCUAAGGCCCGACGACAACGGUUUGGUACAGCCAAAAGCAUGGAGAAUAAAAACAAAAAGUCAAAUGCGUACAGUAAAUCAACAUAUCUUAUAGAUAUAAAUCGUAGUAGUGAUAGUGAUAGCACUAAUAACGACGGCAACUUUGGGCAGAUUGAUCAAGUUUAUUUAAACAAUUACAACUCAAGGAUCCAUAGCAAGGAUUCCAAUCAAAAUAACAACAACAACAACAAAUUAGACAUCGACACCGAACAGAAAUUUAGUACUAAUUCCGCGGAAGAGGAGGAACGAUUGAUCCACGAGUCUAGAUCAGGUCCUGAUCAGGAAAGCGUCGGAUUUGAGCGCGAAGACUUCUUUGGCAACACACAAGAGAUUAUAACAUUUGCAGAGGAAGGAAUGCAAUAUCAUCAGUAUCGUAUAGUUGAGUUUGCUCCUCAGAAAACACGCGUACCUAAUCAAAAGCUAUCGAUAAGAAGUGCAGAAAUGCAUAUCCGCAUCGAGAAACAGCUCAAUGAAUGGGAUUCGAAAUCGGAGAUGAAUCUGGAAAUACAACAGUUGAUAGACAGGAAGCGUAGGAUCAAGUAUGGUGGAAAUGUACCCCGUCAAAGGAUCAAAAUAUGGGUAUUCCGUAUGACCGAAGGGAUAAAUAUCACUGACAAGGCCGUGGAUCAAGCCUUUCUAUUCCGUGCCUCAUUUGAAGUUGACACUGAUCAUUUGGGUUGGCAAAAGUUUGACUUGACGGAAACCAUACGUGAGUGGUAUAGAGAUAGCAAGGAUAAGAAUUUGCGCCUGUUGAUCGACUGUACUGGCUGUGGUAGCCAAUACUCACUGCAUCUGUUCCAAUGGUCGUCACAGGCCACAAAAAAGAAGAUGAAGACAACUACAACAACGACCGGUCACGUUAACCCAAACCGUCCAUUUCUCGUACUCCAUACGGAAUCGACAAGACCAAGGCGUGUGAGGAGGCGGGCUGUGGAUUGCGGUGGUACCACAAGUGGACAAUGCUGCAAGGAAUCAUUUUAUGUUUCAUUCAAGGCGCUCGGCUGGGACGACUGGAUAAUCGCACCAAGAGGAUACUUUGCCAAUUAUUGCAGGGGCGAGUGUACCGGACCUUUUCGAACACCCGAUACAUUUCAAACAUUCCAUACUCACUUUAUCGAGGAAUACCGAAAAAUGGGUCUCCUCAAUGGCAUGAGACCCUGUUGUGCUCCAGUCAAAUUCUCGAGCAUGUCCUUAAUAUACUAUGGCGACGAUGGUAUUAUUAAACGCGACCUACCAAAAAUGGUCGUUGACGAAUGCGGCUGCCCUUAAAGUAUGGGAUGGAUCGUAUUCUGGAUUUACUUAACUAUUUUCCGUCCGUUGAAAUAAUAAUGUAAUAACUAUAUUUUUCAAUAAGGGCAACUAUCGUAAUUAUUUUUACUAGCUAAAGUGCAAAGUACAUUUUGGAUACAAAUAACAAUCAUC